GUAACUUCACCUGCUGACUCAUAAACUUGAAUCAGAUCAGCUGAAGGACUUUAGACUACAGUCCAUUGUCACUUUAGACCAGAGAAUUAAAACUAAAUUAGUAAACAAAUAGAAAAAUACACUAAAUACGUCUAAGGGAAGGAGCAGAGGAUACUGUGGAGGAGCUCGAUGGGAGGAGCUCUACCUGGGCGUUUUAAGUGUGUAUAUAUAAGCUGAGAUAAAAAUGCUGUUUCACCUGUUUCUAUCGACACGAAGCACAGACAGGUGCGUACAACAAAACCUGCACCACCUGACUUCAGCAGGUACUUUGAUCGAACAUUCGAAUUGGAGCAGUGUCGGGUGAAAGCUCAGUACAGAAAUCAUGGAGUCAAACACUUCACAAAGUCAGUCUAGAAGAAGCCCCGGAGAAGCCAAAGAGUCAGUGGUGAGAAGAAAAGCUGAGGCUGGAAAAUCAGGAGUAGGAAGGGGUGGGGUAAGGCUGAGCAAGGCUACAGGAGAGGAGCAGAACAGAGAGGUAAUCCAGGUGAAUAAGGUAACAGGCAGGGGGAGGAAAGGAGAUGUGGAGAACGGCAGACGAAGCCAGCCAAACACCAACAAAGUUUUGAGAGAGCCUGAUCUGACAAUAAAGGUAGAGAAAGAAGGUGUAGGUGAGAGGAAAAACGGACAGACAGUAGAGAGAAAAAAGAAAAAUGAAAGUACAGUAAGAGUCGCAAAGGAAGAAUUAAAGAAGAGAGUGGAGGUGAAGAAAGGAGGUGGGGAUGGAGAAAUUAUUCUUCAAAAGGCUGAGGAAGAAAAAAAGAUAGGUGAGCUGUUUAAAAGGGGACCAGGAGCCGCAGGAAAAGGAACAAGGGAAGAAAACCAGGUAAAGAAAAAACUAUCGAGAACUGGAAGUAAACAAUCAUUGGGAAUUGAGGACUAUCUGACUCUCCUGAAGUUAUUAAAAAUUAACCUGCCCAAAGGAGCGUUGAAUCUAACGGUCAUCAAACACUCAGCGGAUCCGAAUGUCAUCCAGGAUGCCCAAAAUAUCAUCCAAGACCUGGAAAAAUUUAAACUUAAGUUUAUUGCAAACCCUCGUCUGGGGUGCCGUGAGGUUAAGCAUGCUCUGAUUCUGAAAAAGAGAGGCAAUGCUCAAGAAAUCUCACGGAUCAUUUUUUUCGAGAACGCUAAAGAUUCUGAGGAAACUUUGAAGGAUGCAUGGACGAAAAAUGCAUCCAACGGUGGCCAUGGGUUCAGAAUGAGGGACAGAUACAGGACCACACCCAUCUCCAUACCUGUCAUGUACGCCACAGCAAAAACAAGGAGCUGGAAACGUUUAGAGCCGGGAGAAGAUCUUGCAAAGAUCACAGAGGGUGUGAGGGUAAACGUUCAAGAGCUUGAGAAGAUGGAAUACUCUGAUGAAUCUUCGAUCCAGGCAUCUUCCGGCCCGCAGAGGUUUGGAAAUUUUUUCCGAAAUCCAGCAGAUGAAAUGGAAUGCCUUAAGUUCUUCCACGAACAGAAAGAGAUUACAUCAAAAUACGACAAACUGACCUACACCAAGGGCAACAAGGUGGAAUUUGGGUUCCUCACAGGAAAUUUGGACUUUCUAGCAGAGGCCAGGCACAAGACAGCCUCUGCUAAAAGCAACAAAUUCAGUACACCAAACAAAGACAAAAUCAUAAUUGAAUGUAAAGGGACUACUGGUGACAUGGUGGGCAAACUGUUCACUAAGCCCCACAAUGGAUGUCGCCAAGCUCAGUUUACUGAGACCCAUGAAUACUGGUACCAAACACAGGCCUAUAUGUACAUACUGAAAAGAGUGAAGCAAACUGCUACAGUCAGGGCUGUGAUGGUGGUCAGACAUUAUCACAGCGACAGCAGCAGAUUGAGAGAUUUCUGCUGGAACUACCUGAGGGAAGACCACACCAAGCAGAUCGAUGAGCUGAGAGUUUACUGCCAAGAGGAGGUGCUGGCUCGAUUCCUGGCUGUACUUGGACUCAUCUUCCAGAAAGAGACAGAUCCCUUGGAACAAAUACCUUGAAAAGAUCGCUAUUAUUAUUACGCUAUUAUUAUUAACAAACAAUAUUUAUUAAGUGUUUGAAAGAUUUUACAUGAUGUAUAAUGUUCGUGAUUGAUUCUCAUCCCUUUGGAGUUGUAAGGUUCAAUCUCCAUUCUGAGCAGUUUUGAGAUACUGAGUUUCAAAGAUUUUGCAUUCCAAAUAGCAAAACUGAUAUGUGGAAUAAGUCUGUGUCAUACAUGAAAAUGACAGACACCCUAAGUGUAUUGUAAAUGUACAAAAUCAAAAUCUUAUCAAAUUUGUAAACAAGUUUUUUUGGAACAGGUCAAAUACAGAUACAACCCUCUAAUCCUAAGAACUCACUUUCUGCUUGGAAUUAUAAGGUUUUAUCUGACAAAACAUAAAAAGAAGCAAUCAUUUUCAAGGAACACAAACAGGUUACUCACAACUUUUUAAAAAGAUAAAAUUGGUGUUGUAGCAGUGUGUCUACAUUAUCAGAAAGUGAAAUUUAAUGGCUUUUUAUGAUAUUUUUAUGAAAUUUAUUUUUAUUACUUUAGUUUUUAUGACAUUUAUUUCUUGUUUUAGGACAAAUCAUCUUUUCUUAUUCAAAAAGGCAUAGCUUUUUAUGUAUAAAGGUCAGUGCUAAAUACUUUGUCCAGUGCAGAGGUCAGUUUUAGAUAGGAACUAUUAGUUUAAGUGUCCUUUAGGUUUCACAGCAACCAGCUACUGUAAUGAACUGUCUGAGCAAGUAAGUGUAGCAAGUCAAUCUAAAGGAUAGAUAGAAUAGAUAGAACAGUUAGAACCUUAUAAUUCCAAGGGGACAGUUUCUGUCAAACAAGUUGCAGGAAAUGCUACAAUUGUCGAUACUGAACAGUGAAUUCAUGGUAUUUUAAUACUUUCUUUCAUUUUCUAUGCCAAUAGAUGCAGCAUGUAGUAAGUUCCACUGCAGUUCUUAAGUUGCAGUUGGAAAAGAUGUAUUAACUGCACCAUCUAGUAACAACAGUUCUGAUUAAUUGGUAAACCUCUCUGAGAUACAAUGUGAACAUUAAGAGUCCAAGAAUGGAUCCUUGUGGAACCCCACAGACAAUGUCAGAAAACUGAAUUUACACACUGAGGGGUUUCAGAGACUUUUAAAUCAAUUACAUAUUUGCUGAAAAAAAUGAAAGUCUAGGUCAAAUGCUAUAAAAAAGACAUUCGCAGAAAAAGCAUUAUCAUUGACUACAGGGAUGCUGCCAUAAUAGUAGUAUAUUCUGGUAUAUUCUGUUAUCGUACUCUAUAGUAAUAGUGUUGUAGAUUAUUAUUUUUAAAGAUUUUCAAGACAGGAAAGCUUAGAGAUUAGAGACAAUUCAAGGGUUUCGUUCCAAAAUGCAUUAUAGACCACUUUCAAAAAUUUUCAUUUGUUAUUUAUAUACAUUGUUUGUGGGCUUUACACAUACAAAAAAAU